AUGCCGGGACUGCAAGCAGCGACAGUGUCGCACCUCGACGAAUCGUCCAUUACUUCGCGCAGCGGUGUGUACCGCGGAGAGAUCGACACGACGUGGUGCAUCGGCUCGGUGCCCAACGGCGGCUACUCGCUCUCGAUCAUCCUCAAUGCGGUGCUGGCCUUUAUGCGCACGCCCGAGGUGACUGCGACCAACAUCAAGAGCAUCGCGCAUAAUGAUCCGCUCCUCCUCUCCGCCACGUAUAUCCAGGCGGUUACAUGGACCCCCUACGAGGUCCGCGUGCAGGUGCUCAAACGCGGCAAGAGUUUAAGCAAUCUUCAGGCGGAUUUGUACCAGGACGGGGUUUUGAGGAUUACGACGCAGGUGCUCGUUACCGACUUUGAAACGCAAAAAACCGCAGCGGAUAGGAUGAAGUUGGAGGGAGGGGAGCAUGAUCCUGCGAAGAAUGGAUAUACGAUUACGGAUAAGAGUCAGUGGGCGCCAGAGUUUCCACUUAGUGCGCCGGAGAAGUGCCAUGCGCCAAGGCCGUUUGGGAACAAGGCGGAGAGCGGCAAGACGUUUGCGUUUGGAGAGCUGAUCACCGUCUCGGCGGAUCCGAAACACAUCCACGCCACCAAAACCUCGGACGUCCUCUCUGCCGGAGCGUACUAUGCGCUCACCCCGCAACCUCGGCUCUCACUCGAUGCCGACAAAGUGGCCAAGGGGCGAGUGGCGGAUGGGAAGAAUCUGAUCCCGUUUUUCGCCGACAUGUUCCUGUCCCCACCAAUGAUGCUUCCCGGCCAUCACGAUGCUCACUGGUACCCCACGCUCCAUUUGACAGUCGAGUUCAAAAGAGCCCUCCCCAAGCAGCCGGUCACGAGGACCGCAACGCUGUCGAAAGGAAGAUUCAUGAUCAAUGGCCAGCACGAAUCGGAUACCGAACUAUGGUCCCAUCCCGACGAUCAACACCUCUUCAACAGCAAACAGGCCACAGAGAGACGCAGCUGGAUCCUCGCCGUUGCCAGACAGACCGCCCUGGUGCUCCCGUUCGCAGUUAACCAGAACAAAACCAAGGCCAAACUCUAA